CAGUCCCACAGCCGCAUUUGGCUAUUAGACUCGUUUCUGUUUGCGCGCAUCGUCGUCAGGUCCUCCACAGGAAGCAAGGCUCCGGGAACAGCGCGGUUGGGAGCAGACAGUAUUAAAUGUGCAUUUCCAUCCCGCACGAAGCGACCGCAGGAAGCAAACGCCAGUGUGACAAUGCAAUUCAAGCCGGAAUCAUCCCCAAUAAUGAGUUCGCCGCUGAAAGCGCUGGUCGAGUUUCUGCGGCUCAUCUACGCCAAGUGCUACCGUAAGGUGGUCCGAGAAUGCAACCAACAGAUGAGUUACGCUAUACGCAGGCUGCUCCGUGCAGCCAUGUGCGUGUUUAGCUGGUUCGUCAUGCCCUACUCGCAGUGCGUUAGCGGUCGGAUAGAGCGCCGCAAGCUCCCACCAAUCGAAGAUCCGCUGCUGCUCCUGUCGGCCAACGUGCUUGCCGAGCGCAUUCGCAAGCGCGAGAUACGCAGCGAGGACGUGGUCCGUGCGUACAUCCAACGGUGUCAGCAGGUCAACCCGCUGCUAAACGCCAUCGUCGAGGAUCGUUUCGAAGCCGCACUGGAAGAGGCACAGGAAGUCGACCGUCAGCUGGCGAAGGGUACGCUCGGACCCGCGGAAGAGUUAGCUCGCACCAAACCCCUACUCGGACUGCCGGUUUCGAUCAAGGAAAGCUUAGCCGUCGAGGGCAUGAGCAACACGGCCGGUCGAAAGCUGCGCGAAAAGAAGGUCGCACUCAGUGAUGCGCCCGUCGUGCACCAGAUUAAGCGGGCCGGUGGCAUUGUGCUGCUCGUAAGCAACACGCCCGAACUGUGCCUGUGCUGGGAAACGUACAACCAGUGCACGGGGCUAACGCGCAACCCGUACAACCUGCAGCGUACUGCGGGUGGAUCGUCCGGCGGUGAGGCCGCACUGAUUGCGGCGGCCGGAUCGCUGCUCGGCGUUACGACCGAUAUUGCCGGCUCUUCGCGCCUACCAGCCAUGUUUACUGGCGUGUUCGGGCACAAACCUUCACCGUACGUGGUGUCACCGUACGGGCACCAUCCGUCCUGUGACGAUGAGAACUGGGGCAGCUUCUUCACGCCGGGCGCCAUGUGCCGGUAUGCGGAGGAUUUGCCGCUCCUGCUGGAAGCGAUGCGCGAUCCGGAAGGUACGCCCGUCACGCUGCACAAACCGGUACCGAUCGGGGCGCUCAAAUGCUACUACAUGGAGAACGAUGGACCGUCCGGUUUGACGCGCCCGAUCGAUGCCGACAUCGUGCAGGCGAUCCGGGACGUGGCGGCACACCUGAACGCACAGCGCGUCAACCUCAAGCGGCUGCGCUGGACGCUGGACAUUUCGGUGUGCAAGAUGCUGCGCAUGAAGAACGUGGAAACGAUCUACAGCCCGCAGGCGAACGGCAAGCCGGACACGACGAUGAAGCGCGAGGUGUUCAAGUAUCUGCUCGGUAUGUCGAAGUCCGAUCUGCCCUCGGUCAUGAUCGGCCCGAUGCAGCACAUCGUGAACAACUACAUACCCCAGUCCCGGCUCGACUUUCUCGAUGCGCAGACGGAGAAGCUGCGCAAGGACUUUAUCGAUCUGCUCGGCACGGACGGGGUGUUUAUCUAUCCCGGCUUCCCGAACACGGCCCACCGGCACUAUCGCAUCUUUCACAAGCUGGUCGACACGACGUACAUGAUGGUGUUCAACACCGUCGGGCUGCCGGCCGCCUCCUGCAUGGUUGGGUUCGAUCGCGAGAAGCUCCCAAUCGGCGUACAGAUUGUCGCUGCCCCCGGACAGGAUCAUCUUAUCUUUGCGGUGGCCAAAGAGCUAGAACGACGGUUCGGUGGUUGGGUGGCUCCUGUCUAGAUUAGGGGAGGGGGGUUUCAACCCGCAACACCCCACGGCGGGGGUUCGACACACCAGCAAAUGCGCGGCCCAGCCGUCAACAAUGAGAUUGUGAUUUUUACGAGCUUAAUCUAAGAUUUCCUGUAACUGUUUUUUUCCUGUUUUUGAUUGUUGUUACUUCGUUGUUUUCUUUGGAACUGUUUCCGCCUCUGUAUAUGUGUAUGUGUGUGUAUGUACAUUGUUUCGUAGUACGGAAUUUUCGUUGCAAUAUUUCGAUAAAUUGUUACUUUCUAAAACAAAAAAAGCGCGUCUCUCUACUGUUGAUCAAUUGGAUAUUUUCCGCCGGAGUUUUAAAUACAGAAAAGACGGCUCUUUAAUCUUCAAACGCGCGUAAUGUUGAUCGUUAUCGUUAGCAUGUGUGUUAGCAGCAUCAUUGUGGUUGUGUUUAUCAGAAAGACAAAACUAGUAUGAACGCAAAUGGAACAGCAACAAGAGACUGGUUGGCUAUAGGAACAGGGCACAGAGGGUAGUGAUACAUUCAAUGUUUAAAAAAACAGUGGACAACUGAUAGUUUUAGUGAUACAAAUAAUAAAACUGAGUACAUAAUGUUUAA